AAAACAGUAAUUUGCCUUGUGAGUUUAUUGGGUGCGGCGACUGGCGACUGUUUACGGCUACCGGCGACUGGCGGUUGGCGACUAUCGACCGACGACUGGCGACUGGCAAACAUAUCUAUAUCUUGUAUUUGUUCUCCUUGUGGAUUGAGGCAAACUAAAACCUCCAACCUAUCUUCCCAAAUCAGGAAAGUCUCUUUCUUUACCGUUGGCUAUGCCUCCCUUUGCUUCUCUUUUCUUCCAUUCUCAUGGCAAGCUCAGCCAAUGAACGUCCUGCUUUUGGAAAGAUAGGUUAUGGAUGCAAGCAUUAUAGGAGAAGAUGUAAGAUUCGAGCUCCUUGCUGCAGUGAGAUCUUUGAUCAUCGUCAUUGUCACAACGAGGCUGCGAGCAUGCUGAAAAAUCCCUAUGAUCGACACAGAAUUGUUCAUCAGAUGUUAAACAGGUUGUUUGUUCUGUCUGUGAUACAGAACAACCGGAGCACAUUCCAGCUUGCUUCUACUUCGGAGGCUACGGUUAGCACAUAUGAGGUUUCUGUGUGGCUUUCACUUUGGAAUGACCUAUUCUCCCAGGUCUUUCGUGCUGUCAAAAGCAUAUUAAAUGGUUUUGUUGCCUUCUUCAUGGCUUGCAACAGGCAUUGUCUCAGGAUUUCAUCCAAAGAUUGCUUGGUUGAACCAGAGAUCCCAACCCUAAGAUCAUAAACAUAAUAGAGUAACACGCGAAGCUCAAAAUUUGAUGCACACUGAUUCAUUUACCUACCAUUUCUGGAGCUGAUUAUGUCAUGCUUAUGCCUGUUCAGUUAGAAGGAAGGAAACUCAACAUGAAGUGAGGUCCCAUUCUUUUUUAGGAUUUAACAGAGACGAAAUUAUGUCUCUGGUUCAACAAAGAAUUAUGUCGUUGCUGAUGAUUUGGGAGUCUUAAAGGGAUAUAUGAUCGGAGCAGAUUUUUAGCAGGUUUGUUAGAUUUGUUGAUAGACCUCCCAUUAAGCAUGUUUACCAAUACAAAGGGCAUAAAAGACAAUAGGUACAGAAAGGGGUUAAGAGUGUGAGGUGCCUUGCUGUAGGUUUUUAGAGAAGUGGUUACAGCCACGUAUGAGAAGGGAAUCAAAGUUGUUAGUGGAAUAGGUAGUCAUGAAGGUAGUAUAAAUAAAUGGUCUGUUUUGGUGAAUGACACAGAUCAAAUAUUGUCAUUGUGGGAGGCCCUCAGCUCCUCGAAUUGCUGGGAUCUAUUUAUUAGUUUAUCAAUAUUUUGGUUGUUCUUUUUCUAUUCUCUAAGUAAUAUAAUUAUUGAGGCUUGCUUGAGUGAAUAUAUUCUGUUAUCUUUGGUUGUUUGUGCUGUUGUUUGUUAUCAGUGCAGGGAGUCUUAUUAAGUGGUAUCAGAGCUUCGUUCGGGUAAUGGUUAAAUCGAAGAUGGAGAACAGAGUUGAAGGUUUGGAAAAAGGGAUGGGGAACGUUGAGAAAGAAAUGGGAACUGUAAGGGAAGAGCUAGGGAGUAUUAAGGGGUACUUAUCAGAGUUGCGCGAGUGGAUGAGACGAAGGGAAGAGAGGGAUACCAAUCUGAAUAACGAUAAAGGGUAGGCAUCUAACUCUGAUCCUACAAACAGUAAGGGAAGUGAUAAGAGUAAGGGGGGAGAGAACUCGAAGGUAACAAAAUUAGAACUACCCAUAUUCAAUGGGGAAGAUUCGAAUGGAUGGACAUUCAAAGUUAACCGGUAUUUUUCGGUGAAUCAAUAUGAGGAAGGAGAAAAAGUGGCAGCAGCUGCAGUGUGUAUGGAAGGUCGUGCCCUGAACUGGUAUUAGUGGGUAGAGUCUAGAGCACCCAUUGGUUCGUGGAUAGAAUUUAAGACAGUAGUGGUGGAGAGAUUCAGACCAUCAUUUAAAGGAUCAGCUUACGAAGCCUUGGUAGCUUUGAAGCAGACUGGUACAAUGACAGAGUACAGGGAAAAUUUUGAAGCUCACGCAGCUCUUUUGCGUGAGGUAGGGGAAGAUAUACUUUUGGGGGUAUUUACAAAUGGGUUAAAAGAAGAAAUCAGGGCCGAAAUUCGUUUGACCCAACCCAUGUCCCUGUUUGCAUUGAUGGACCAGGCCCAUCGCAUGGAGGAAAGAAAUUGGGUCUUAGACACAAACAGACCCAGGUUUAUUAAAGCCCAAGGACACAAGUUGGACUCUUACAAUAGGGUCACCCCAAGCCCAAAGCCAAGCCCAGAACUCAUUCGCCCAAAUUGGACUAACCCAACACGAAACCCAGAUCCAGGACACCCAUUUUCCCCAAAUCGAUUUCACGACAAAAAUCGAUUUCACUACGGAAAUCGAUUCACAGACGUGACAACACAGAACUUUAGCGGGGAGACUUUCCAGCGAAUGUUCGACGCUGAACUGCAGCAAAAACGAGAAAAGGGCCUUUGUUUUCGCUGUGAUGAGAAAUACGGACCGAACCAUCGCUGUAGAAGCAAAUCAAUCCAGAUCUUGCUGGUCACCGACGACGAAGUGAUCGAAAAUGAUGAAAGCUCGCCUGAACCUACCUCAGAAACGACGAAGAAGGUAAUCCUUUGGCCCUAUCCAUGCACUCGAUCGUUGGGGUAACCACCGAUGAAACCUUAAAGUUGAAAUGGGUGAUUAAAAGUACAGAGUUGAUUGUGCUGGUGGAUAGUGGGGCUUCCCACAAUUUCAUCUCGCAUGACUUGGUGCGAAAAUUAGGUUUAGCAGUGGAAAAAGGAAAAUCGUUUGGAGUGAUGGUGGGAAAUGGGUUUACUGUCAGAGGGGAGGGAAUCUGUAGGGGAGUAAAAUUGAGGAUGCAGGGGAUUGAAGUGUGCCAGGACUAUUUUCCAUUUGAGUUAGGGGGGCAGAUGUCGUAUAAGGGGUUUCCUGGCUCAGUACGUUGGGUGAUGUGUGUGCAAACUGGAGGAAUCUAACAAUGGCCUUUAUUAGGGAAGGAAAUAGGGUGGUUUUACAAGGGGAUCCAUCAUUAGUCAACAAGGUUGUGUCCUUAAAAGCCAUGAUGAAAUCCCUACAACAGGAGGAUGCGAGAUAUGUAAUCGAGUUUUGUUCCAUUGGGGUUAAGGAAGAAGAAGCAGAGGAACCUAUGGAUCCGGCAGUAGCAGCAGUUGUAAAUAAGUUUAGCCAUCUGUUUGAACAGGCUACCCCACUCCCACCCAAGAGACCCACUGAUCAUGCCAUAGUCUUGGCAGCCAAUGCCAAACCUCCUAACAUUCGCCCAUACAAGUACUCAAUACUCUUAAAAAAAUGAAAUAGAAAAGUUGGUGGGUGAGAUGCUGGUGGCCGGAAUAAUACAACCAAGCACUAGUCCCUUUGCGAGUCUUGCAUUGUUGGUUAAGAAAAAAGACGUAAGCUGGCGUUUUUGUGUACACUACAGGGCCCUAAAUAACAUUACUAUACCCGACAAGUUUCCAAUUCCCUCCAUUGACAAACUGUUAGAUGAACUGUCAAGGGCAGCCAUUUUCACGAAAUUGGACCUCAAAUUCGGCUACCACCAUAUUAGGAUGAAAGAGGAGGAUGUUUCCAAAACAACUUUUAUGACACACGAAGGGCAUUAUGAAUUUCUAGUCAUGCCCUUCGGAUUAACCAAUGCCCCGUCCACCUUCCAAGCUUUGAUGAAUACCAUAUUUAAACCAGUCUUGCGGAAAUUCAUACUUGUGUCUUUUGACGACAUCCUUAUUUACAGUCCUGAUUUAAAGACUCACCUGAGCCAUAUGAGACAUGCUUUUCAAAUCCUCCCCUAGCAUGAAUUGGUAAUCAAUUACAAGAAGUGUAUGUUUGGCCAUCAGAGAUUGGAAUAUUUGGGUCAUUUAAUUUCAGCAAAAGGGGUAGAAGCUGAUCCACAGAAGAUUGAUUCAAUGCUGAAUUGGCCCGUCCCAUGCACAAUCAAAGGAUUAAGGGGAUUUUUGGGUUUGACUGGGUACUAUCGUCGUUUUGUGUAGAAUUAUGGUUUGAUCGCGCAGCCAUUAACAUAGUUGUUGUGAAAGGACUCAUUUGCAUGGGAUGACCAAGCACAACAGGCCUUUGAAACUCUUAAAAGGGCAAUGACUUCAGUUCCAGUGCUGGCAGUUUCGGAUUUCACUCUUCCAUUUGAGGUACACAUAGACGCAUCAGGUCAAGGAAUUGGAGCUGUCUUGGUCCAGAAUCAACGACCGAUUGCAUUCAUUAGCCAAGCCUUCUCCAACCACGCCCAACAGAAAUCAGCAUACGAGAGAGAGCUGAUGGCCAUUGUGUUCGCCGUCCACAAGUGGAGUCAUUACCUAAGUGGACGCAAAUUUAUCAUUAAAUCUGAUUAGCGUAGUCUACAGUUUCUGACGGAUCAGCGUGUUAAAACACCCGAACAACAGAAAUGGAUUUCCAAGCUCUUAGGGUUCUCCUUCGAAAUCCACUACCAAUCGGGAAACUCAAACCAAGUGGCUGAUGCUUUGUCGAGACGCGGAGAGGGUACUGAAUUAGCAGCCAUUUCGGUAGUAUAAUUUUCCGAAUGGGAUGAGUUAGCGACGGAAGCCCAACAAGACCCAAAGCUACAAGCAAUCAUCCAAGACCUUCUUUUUUACUCUACCAGUCAUCCUUUGUAUGGUUUUCGCCGUGGCUGUCUCAUCUACAAAAACAGGUUGGUUUUGCCCAGAAAUUCUAAGUUCAUUCCUAAACUUUUAGAGGAGUUUCACAGCAGCUCGGGAGGGGGCCAUUCAGGCUUUUUUAGAACAUAUAAGAAGCUGAUGAAUAUAGUAUUUUGGGACGGUAUUAAGAGGGAUGUGCAGGAGUAUGCCCAACGGUGUUCCAUCUGCCAAUCACAUAAAUAUUCUGCUCUCAAACCAGCAGGUCUUCUUCAGCCCUUACCCAUUCCAUCCCAGGUUUUUGAAGAUACUAGCAUGGAUUUCAUUGGAGGAUUACCAAAAGCAAGAGGACAGGAUACCAUAGGGUUGUAAUGGACCGACUCACUAAAUAUGGUCACUUUAUUCCGCUGUGUCACCUCUACAGUGUUAAGGAUGUUGCAGCCAUUUUUGUCUCUGGUAUUGUACGGCUCCACGGUUUUCCCAAGUCUAUAGUUUCGGAAUCGCGAUAGGAUUUUUACCAGCAACUUCUGGCAGGAACUUUUCAAGGCCGCUGGCAUUUCACUGAAGUUCACUUCGGCAUAUCACCCCCAAAUCGAUGGCCAAACGGAGGUGGUCAACCGAUGUUUAGAAACUUGUGCUGUUUUUGUAGUUCGCAGCCAAAACAGUGGGAUAAGUGGCUGUCCUGGGCAGAAUAUUUGUACAACACCACACAUCACAGCUCUAUUAAAAUGACCCCUUUCAAAGCCCUCUACGGCAGGGAUCCACCCUCUCUCCUCAAGUUUUCAGAUUACCCCUCCUCGGUGGAAGAAUUCAAUCAGCAAAUGGCUAUCCGAAAUUCCAUAUUGGCUGAACUAAAGCAUAACUUGUUUGUAGCUCAAGCACAAAUGAAGGAAACUACUGACCUCCGUCGUUGGGAUAUUAGUUUUCAACCAGGGGACCAAGUAUAUUUGAAGCUCCAGCUGUACCGUUUCAAGUCCUUGGCCAAAAAACUGAAUGAAAAGCUUAGCCCACGGUUUUAUGGUCCUUUCCCCUAUAUUAGAGAAGAUUGGGCAGGUGGCUUACAGGUUGGAGCUGCCUCCUACAGUAAGAAUUCAUCUCGUCUUUCACAUUUCUCAACUAAAACGAAGUUUGCACCCUUCGGUACCCAUCCAACCCCUACCAUCCUGCCUCAUCGAGGAUAUGGAACUCCUUGUUGAACCAGAAUCAUUGUUGGCUGUUUGCACUUUAUUAAAUGGCUCUCGAGAAGUACUUGUCAAAUGGAAAGACUUAGCUCCUUAUGAAGAAUCAUAGGAGGCUUACGAUGUGAUCUACCAGCAAUUCCCUCAUUUCCACCUUGAGGACAAGGUGGCUCUCCAUGGGGGGGAGGGAUUGAUAGACCUCCCAUUAAGCAUGUUUACUAAUACAAAGAGCAUAAAAGACAAUAGGGACAGAAAGGGGUUAACAGUGAGAGGUGCCUUGUUGUAGGUUGUUAGAGAAGUGGUUACAACCACGUAUGAGAAGGGAAUCAAAGUUGUUAGUGGAAUAGGUAGUCAUGAAGGUAGUAUAAAUAAAGAGUGUUUUGGUGAAUGACACAGAUCAAAUAUUGUCGUUGUGGGAGGCCCCCAGCUCCUCAAAUUGCUGGGAUCUAUCUGUUAGUUUAUCAAUAUUUUGGUUGUUCUUUUUCUAUUCUCUAAGUAAUAUAAUUGUUGAGGCUUGCUUGAGU